GAAAGGGAAAAGAAAGCUGCCAAAGACAGGGAGAGUAAUAUGAAAGAGAAAGAAAGAGAUAACAAAGGAAAGAGAGAAGAUUUAUUGAAAGUGUGAGUGAGUGUGUGUUGUGAUUGUAUCACCAACACCAAUACCAACGCCAAAACCAACAAAUGGAAUCGUUUUUCUUAACCGAAACCUUUACCCACAUCAACAACCACUACUACUACUAUUACAUCUCUACCACCUUCACUACUUGUUCACUUCUCUCUCCUCUUUAUCUCUCCUUCACAUCACCCACAAACGUAGCUUUUCCUCUGCUAUUUUGAGUUUUUGAAGGUACCCCUUUUGUUUUUUCUUUAGUUUUAUGGUGGUUAUAUGCCCUUUUGGGACUUGGGGUGUUUUUUUUUUUUUUUGUGUGUGUGUGUUUGGAGUGUUCUUUGAGGUACCCGGAUCGUUUUUCUUUAGUUUUGUAUUGCUUUUAUGCCCCCCAUUUGAGACUUGGGGGUGGUUGUUUUUUUGUGUUUGCCGGCUCCUCUGCAUUAUUCGGGUGUUCUUUGAGGUAUCCGCAUCGUUUUUGUUUAGUUUUCUGUUGCUUUUAUGCCCAUUUGGGACUUGGAUUUUCUGUUUCUUAUGUUGGCUGGGUGGAUCGAUUCAGUUGGGGAAUCAUUGUUAGGGAUUAGCUACGACAAUGGGUAUUUUCUUGUUGAUUUUAUUGACCCAUUCUUUUGUGUUUGCCCGUUACUCUGCAAUUUCGGGUUUUUUGAGGUACCCCCAUCGUUUUUCUUUGGGUUUCUGGUUUUUUUUUACGCCGAGCUGGGACUUGGGGUUCUCGUUUCCUGGGUGGAUCAGAUUCAUCUAUUUCCUUUUGGGAUCUGGGGUUUUUGUUUCUUAUGUUUGCCGGGUCAAUCGAUUCAUUUGGGGAACCUUUGUUAGAGAUUAGCUACGAAAAGGGAAUAUGUUUGGAGAAAGCAGUAAUGGCAACACUUUGUUUCCAGCUUCAUUAGAGGGGAAUUGUUUCCAGUACGAUGUGAGUGCAUUGCCUCAGCUGCAUCUGUUCGGAGAUGUUACUGUUGGAUGUAGUGGCUACCCGAUAAGCAACACCGUCAACGAACACCCAUCUGCUGCACUUCGCCCUGCCAAAAGAGUCCGGGAUGUUGAACCCAACUAUUGCCAACAAAAGCUUCAGAUAUCCUUGAAUAACAACUUUGGUCAGAAUGAAGUGGAUCAAGCUGGAAGUAUUUUGAAUCCAAUUACUGUAUCAACUGGACUUAGACUUUCUUACGAGGAAAAAGAACGCAAUUCAUCAGUCACUUCUGCUCCUGAAAACAUGAAAGCAGCCCUUCCUGCUCUUCAACCAAUAGACAGUGGUUUUAAAUAUGAGAUUGACAGGCAUAGAGAGGAAUUUGAUCACUACAUGAAAGCGCAGGAAGAUAAUAUGAUGAAGGGCAUGAGGGAGUUGAUUCAUCGACAGACAGUAUCUUUACUGAACUCCAUGCAAAAAGAAGUUAGGAGGAGAUUAUAUGAGAAAGAUCUUGAAAUAGACAAUUUGAACCGCAAGAACAGGGAACUUGGGGACAGAAUUAAGCAGAUUACUGUAGAAGCUCAGUCGUGGCACUACAGAGCGAAGUACAACGAGUCGGUUGUCAAUGCCCUGAAAAGCAAUAUUCAGCAGGCCAUGGUCCAUGGCUCCAAGCAAGCUAAGGAAGGGUGCGGAGAUAGUGAAGUAAACGAUGCCGCCUCAAGUACAAACCACCAUCUGGCAAGUGGUUCACACGACCAAGUAAGCAAUGUACAGCAGCUAAAAUGCAGAGCUUGCAAGAUUAAAGAAGCCAGUGUCUUGUUAGUUCCAUGCAGACACUUGUGUGUCUGUAAAGAAUGUGAAGGGUUUAUUGAUAGUUGCCCAGUAUGCCGGGUAAUGAAGACUGCAAGUGUUCAAGUUUACAUGUCAUGAAGAAGACGUAUAUACGAACACUUGCACUCAUCAUCAUCUUUGUGUUUGAAGAGGAAUGUUUAAAUUAUGGAACAUGUUGUAAUGUUUGUUACAAUCAUGAAUUGUGGAUGCCUUAACUAUAUGAUGAAUACAGAUCAGAUGAAUCAGGAGAUGAUGGGUCUUUUUCA